GUGUUUAGUCCGCCAAGUCGGCAAGAAGCAUCUUCGUCGUCGUCCUCCUGCGGGCACACGCACACACACGCGCCUGAAAACACCGGACUGUGACCCUUCCUCCACUUCACGGACGACCACCGUCAAGAUGUCUCACUCUCUCCAUGACUUUGUGCACCAUUCUGACCACGCCCUCGACUUUCCUGACCUCUCCUUUCAAGUCCCUGGCGGCGCCCCUGAGCGGCACCCGGCUUGCCACUCUUGAAUUCUAGUCUUGACACAAAGUGCGCAAAGUUUAAUUUUAACCCCGGUCCUUUUCAGCAAUGGACGGCACCCCCAAGCUGUCUGGGGAGACCCUGAUCGUGCACCACAUCCCUCUGGUGCACUGUCAGGUGUCGAGCCGUAGGCAAGGGGGGUGCGGUGUUGGGGGAGGCUCCCUGAAGAGGAACAACCCAUUUAGCCUGCCGGAGAAUUUGGGACUGAGUCGCACCACCUCCCUCCCCGAAAGAGACGUCCUCCAGAGAGAGGCGCUGCUGUAUAGCAGCUUGAUCCAGACCUCAGCCCACAACGGAGGAGAAGAGAGGAAGGCCGGUAGUAGUAUGGCCAGCGACGACUCCUCAUUCACUUCUAGCAUCUCUGACGAACAACUGGUGGCAGCGCACACGUUACCCCGAGUCAAAACCAGGAGCCAACACCCACUACGUCGGAACCCCUUCCUGAUCAAGACAGACGAUGAGGAGUAUGAGGAUGACGAAGACGACAACCUGAGUGGCUACCGCGAAGAUUCUUCCUUCCACCUACAUACCCACGCUGACUUGACCAUGCAGUCAUUCCAUCUACAUGACCUGGGCUUCGCGUCAGAACCACACAAACGGAACGGUGCAAACCGGGAUUCGGACCCUCCGGAUCUGGGGCGCCGACACGCCAGCGGCGGGUCCGACAUGUCUGUAGACUGUGCCGAGCACGAGUGGGAGGACGACGAGGACGGAGAUCAUCCCAUGCCGUGCGGCCGGAGCGGUGAGACGGGCUCCUACUCGUCCGCUUCGUCUACACGGCACUGCUCCUGUUGCACCCUGGCCCAGAGCUUCUCCCGGGACUUACCCAAGGACUUCCCCGACACCUUCCUUGAGUGCCCGCGGGGCUACGGCAGCGACUCCUCAUGCAACAGCUCGGACGGAGUACUGGUCAACUUCAGCACUAUUUACAACAAAAUGAACAACAGUGUCCCCGAAAAGCCCGGUAAUCUUAACAGCCCCGCUGAGCGACCCCCGCCGGUUGACCAACGGGAGUCCACAGGGAGCGCGUUCUAUUUGGACCUCCUCACAUCUCCGACGGAGCCACCGCUGUCUUUUCCGCUUGCGCGAGAGCCUCCGCUAUCAACCAUCUCCGCGUGCUCCUGUUCGGCGGAGCACCAGGCCGCUCUGGAGCUGGACGCCAACUGCAACUCCUACUGUCCACCGCCGUGUGCGUCAGCGGGCGGCCCGGCAUCCUGCUUGCAGAGUCAGGCCCGCUUGGUAGUGGCCACACAGAAUUACUAUAAAUUGGUCACCUGUGACCUGUCAUCCCAGUCGUCGCCUAGCCCCGCCGGAUCUUCGGUCCACAGCAGCUCUGAGGAGCACAGCAGGGGUAGCCCAUCUAGCCCAACGCAGCCCAGCGAGUACUUCCUGUUCCGACAGAGGGCUGACCAGGAAGUGGAAGAUGAGAGGGAGGAUGAAGAGUCAAUGACAUCUCAUCUAGCUGCUAAAGAUGAAGAAGCAGACGAGGAUGAAGAUGAGGAGGCGAUCGAGGGGCUCGACGCCCCUCCUGUCCUCCUCCAAGGCCAAGUGUACGUCAACGUCUCACCUCCGCCGGGCAGCCGGGGUGACGUCAGCGGCCGGCCACGUUCCCGCAGCUAUGACCGCAACUUGGAUAAGUCGCCGGGGCCCCGCCUGGGCUCCCUGGAGCGCAUGCUGAGUUGCCCUGUGCGCCUCAGUGAGGGGGCGGCGGCACCUCCUCGUGUCACCUCCUUUGCCGAGAUCGCCCGCAGUAAGCGUCGGCAUGGGAACUCGCCGUCCCUAAAGGUGGAUCCAUUCUCCUCCACGGAGUUUUGGCCCAUACAGGAAGGAGGCACCACAGGGAUGACAUCCCCUACUGCCGUUUGUGGCCCAGACGCGACCAGGGAGGCUAACGCUGAAGGAGGCCUCACCAGCUGGUCUGGCAUCCACCCGGGCGUUGUGCGUUACAGCAAAGACCGGCGACCCACUACUCUCCCUAUUCAGCCCUUCACCUUCCACCACCAGCUAGCCACCAAGCCCCCCCAGCCCAAGCCUCUACUCCCCUUGUUAACCGGUUACACAUCGGGUACACAGGCCCACCGAAGCUCCGGCAGUUCAGAGGACGAGGAGAGCAAGGACUCCGCCGGGAACGAGCGGCAUCGGGGCUGCGCAAACGGGGCGGCAGCUCCCCCGGGGUCUGUUCGGCCGUCGCCCCUGGGGAGUUACUCCCCGGCACACCUUCAGGAAGGGGCCGCCAGCUCCGGGACCUGUUCCACGUGUACCCCGAGCCCCCUGCCGCCUCACAACCGUGGGCCGCUGCCGCCCAAUGACUCUGACGCCGCCACCUUGGGUGUGAAGAGAGGGGUGGUGCCACCUGCUUUGCCGCCUGUGCACCAGGACACGCUGAGCCCCCUGGGGACCCUCGUGGAAGGAGGCAAAGCGGCCAGGAUGCACAACGCACACCACCUUUCCCCCCAAGCCUUGAAGUGGCGGGAAUACCGGCGUCAGAAUCCCUUAGGCGGGGAGAGACUGCCAAGCAUCUCUUCUGCAACAGAUUCUCAGCGUCCCCCCAGACGCAACGUCUUUGAUUUCCCCUCAGCACCCUCCUUCCAGUCCAUGGGACGCCAUCAUGUCAAGCAAAUGCAGCAAAGUUACAGCGACUUCCUACCCGAUUACUUUUCUCUGACCGAAAGACCGCCGGAUGAGUUUUGCCUCUCCCCUGACGCCUCAACAGCUUCGUCCUUCUCGUCAUCCUCCUCGCAGCCGCAUAUGAGUGUUGAUAUGACACACAAGCGAGGUUUGGUGAAAGCUGUCAACACAGCAGUGGAUUUGAUCGUGGCUCACUUUGGCACAAGUCGAGACCCCGACGUUAAAGCUAAACUCGGCAACAGCUGGGUGAGUCCCAAUGUGGGUCACCUGAUCCUGAAGUACUUAUGCCCGGCGCUGCGUGAAGUUCUCCAGGAUGGCCUCAAGGCCUACGUUCUGGACCUGAUCAUCGGACAGCGCCGCUGUCAGCCCUGGAGCCUGGUGGAGGCCUCCACACAGCUUGGACCGUCUACACGUGUCCUUCACAACCUGCUGACGAAGGUGAACCAGCUCUCUGAGCUGACAAGCCACAGCAUGAGACUCAACGCCUUCAUCUUCGGCCUCCUCAACCUCAAGUCUUUGGAGUUCUGGUUCAGUCACCUCUUGACACAUGAAGACAUCAUCGGCGCCCACUAUAAUGCAUGGGGUCUAGUCCCGUUGGCUCUGAGUUCGUGUCAGCAGCUGUUCAGCGAGCUACUUCUAUUGCUACAGCCCCUCUCCCUCCUCCCGUUCGACCUGGACCUCCUAUUCGAGCCUCGGCUAUUGGCGACGGGCCGCGAGCAGCAAAGGCGGCGCGAGGAGCUGCUGUGCACAGCGGGACGUUCCGCCACCCGUUCCACCCUGGAGCUGAUGAGGGGCUGGGGAGCUGCCGUUGGGGACAUGGUAACUGGGAAGGAGAGGACGGCGCUGAGGAGAGAGGGGACGUGGCCCAGGACCGAGGACCCCAAAAGGGAGAGUGUCCCGGUGGGGGAGGGUCACGAGUUCACGGAGAGAGGGACGGUUAGCCAGAGGAUGAAGGGAGUUGGACAAGAAAGUGAGGAAAAGGAUACCAGGAAGGAUCUCGCAGGGAAGGACCCAACGGUGAAAGACACUGCGGAGUUGGACGAGGGACGGCAACGUCAGGACCGCCAGGCAGGGUGGUGGUACCAGCUCAUGCAGUCCUCCCAGGUCUAUAUCGACCAGUCGGCAGAGGGUUCCAAGUUCAUCAAGACGGACAAGCGAAGGACAUCGGCCGAGCGACGCCGGCUGCCGCCUACCAGGGAGGGCGUGGUGGAGGGCGCAGAGUCUGGAUCUGGGGGGCGGCCCUCGUGGAUGGGAAGCCCGCCUGAGUCUGUCCUCAACCAGGAGUGGAUCAGUCCGGCGACCGAGGUCCGGCCGGACACUGCCACUCCAGGGCAGGGGUUGCGCUGGGGACGGCUCUUCGGGUCCAGUGUGGGUUCUCCGACCAAAACAGACGCAAGUGAACCUAGGGCAAAAACUCAGAAGAGCAGGCCACCUUCGGGCUGGCUCGGCCUGGACUCGUCUGUUUUGGGCUUAAUGGCUCAGACUAUCGGCAAAAAGUUAGAGCCUGAGACCAUCAACCCUCCUACAGUUGAACCUCCGCCCAAUGUGACCCAAGCCACAGAGGAAAAACUUCCAACAUGUGAAGUGCGAGCACUGUGCCACCAUAUUGCCACAGAGACGGGACAGCUAAGCUUCAGCAAAGGUGACAUCCUGCGUGUGCUGAGCAAGGCUGAUCCCGAUUGGCUGCUCUGCUCUACUGGCGCAUCUCGGGGCCUAGUGCCCAUCGUCUACGUCUCGAUCUGCAGCAUGGAGGAAAGCCGUGGCCUAAGCAGCGGAGGUGACGCUGACCAUGGUGGCGACUGUACUGGUGUCAGAGGUGCUCAAGAAGGUUCCAGCCCAUGUUGAUCUCAAAAGGAAACGGGAAGUGAAGGCCACCUUGACGUAGAACAUGGGGCCUCCCGUGAUACAUGAGCAUGCGACAUCCAAAUAAUCAAAACCCAAAGACACUUGCACACCAACAGGACUUGUCAUCGUACCGCUGUUCAUAUUAUUAUUAUUUAACUGUUCUCUUCCUUUGAUGAGAAUGGGAGUCUGAUCCAUUCUAAAAAUUCUAAUGGAUCAGACGCCCAUCACUGUCAAUGGCGAAGAAUGGGUUAAGGUUAUCCGUGUUGUAAAUAUCAAUACACCUGGUUGAACUUGCUGUCCAGCACUUCCUUGCUCAUAGGCGGGAGGGGCUAGCAUGUAAUGUCACAGACUGUAAUACUCCCUUUUCCCUCUAGAGGAUGCAUCGAACACGUCAACAGGAGUAAAUGGGAAUCAAAUUAAUUGUUGAUGAAUCAGGUCUUAAAUCUGUGAAAUCAAACGUAUAUUGAUUGUAACGUUGCCAUGAAGGAAACGUAGGAAUCCCAUCCCUACUUCGUGUAACAAUAUAAAUACGUACAUCCUGUAAUGUAACUGGAGCUAACCCAGGUAGCUUAGCAUGCUUCGCUAAAACUAUCGUCUCGCUAGCUGCCUACGGUGGGGUGGGGCACCAGUUAGAAGCAUUACAUAUUUAACCGGGGAUUCCUCCAGAAGCGAUUGAAUGUUUUUUUUUAGCACUUCCGAAGUUAGCAUCAAACAUAAUUAAUGUUAGAGUUGAUUGAUAUAACAGAACCGUAACGUUGAAAAUGCUACCUAAUUCUUAUGAUUUUGUUAUUUUGGGUGAGGGGAGAUCAAGCCCCGAAGUUGUGUGAGUCGGAACACUUGUUCGACAGCCAAGAAAAAAAAAAUAAGAUUCUUAUGUCACUUUUUUGCCCUUUAUAAUUAGAAACUUGCAUUUCACAUGUUAAAUGGGAAGUUCAGAAUUUUUUAUAUUAGGCUUAAUCUUCAAGGAGGGUUUAACUAGUCUGUGGAGUUGAUUUCAACAAAAAUCUGUGCAGUUUGUCAGUUAUUUGUUCGUUUCAGGGCUCUGGAGUGGCUAAGCUAGAGCGAGUCAAUGGUCCCCUUAGCGUGCCAAUUAGAGCUGAAACGAAUACUCGAGCAACUCGAGUAACUCGAGUUUAAAAACUGAUCCGAGUAAUUUUAUUCACCUCGAGUAAUCGUUUAUUUUGACAGCUCUAAGCAUCACGUUUUGCUCGGACUACUUUUAAUGCGGGACAACGCGCUGAUGUCACAUGCAUAGAGGAAGACGCAAAAAAAAAAAAAAAAAACUUACUGCAACCGACAGCCACUACAAACUCAUAGAGAUCACAUGUAUGUUGAACUAGAUGCGAAAUGACAGACCCGGCCGCGUCUGGGCAGCAUUCGUAAACAGCCGCCAUCUUAAUAAAUAAAGAUUAACGUUACUGUCACUAGCUCACGUAACGUUAGCCCUGCGGAGGGCUAGGUUUCUAUUAAUUAUGACCACUGUCGAUGCGUGGCUAACGUGUCUUACAUACAGGCUUUAACAUAACAGCGUUGUGGAGUGAUGAGGGUGUAAAAUAAAAACUCAAUAAUGCUAACUAUCAAUUUUAGCUCAGUAGUCAUUGCUGGAUAAAACACCAAGUAGCACUGGUCUCUAAUGUGCUCCAAUACAGCCUGUAUCAUACAUUUAUUUUGAACACUGCAAAAACUCAAAAUCCUAUCAGGACUGACAGUUUAGACUAACUUUAAACUUAACUAGAACUUUAAAAAAUGGCUUGACACAAAUAGAAAUUCAAUUGAAACACGGGGAAAAAUCCUAACUUUUAAGUGAUGUGUGUUAUCAAGCGUAACGGCAUUUUUAGGUAUAUAUAUAUAUAUAUAUAUAUAUAUUUUUUUUUUUUUAAUUUAAACAAGAUCUAAAGGUUUUUUUGAGUGAAAGCAGUGAAUUAGUCUUUUUUUUUUUUAUUCUAGUUACAUCUGAGAUGCAAUUGUUGGCUGUUUUCAACAAUAUACAUCGAAAAUAAAGACAUUGAUUGACUGAAAAUGGUUCAAGAUUAGAUGAAAUGUCUUGUUUUCUCAUGUAUAUUUAUAAUUGCUCUUCACCUAAAAAUAUAUUUGUUUUUUUCGAUUACUCGAUUAAUCGAGAGAAUUUUCAGUCGAUUACUCAAUUACUAAAAUAUUCGAUAGCUGCAGCCCUAAUGCCAAUAAGAAACAACAUAUGCACACCAUAGGCGGAUUUGACUUUUGUGGCAGUGGGUGCAAAAAUGUUGAUGACCCCGAAACGCAGUGUCAUCAAUAAAAUGAACUUACAAAAUAUAUGCUCGAAAAGUAGCUUAGCCCAUGCUCGUACAUACCGGCAUCCCAGAUGUGGGUGUGCGUUUGCGUGUGUGUGCGCGUGCAGGUGUGAGCACGCACGUUUUUCUGUCUUACCAGUGGGGAAGUAGACGUCGCAUUCGUUUUGACUGAAUAUUCCACCCAGGAACAUUUAUAAUAAUACUAGUCCUUCUCAAAAAAUUAUCAUAUUGUGAUAGUUCAUUAUUUUCUGUAACGUACUGAUAAUCAUUAGACUUUCAUACAUUUUAGAUUCAUUACACACAACUGAAGUAGUUCAAGCCUUUUAAUGUUUUAAUAAUGAUGAUUUUGGCGAAAAAGUCAAGAAAAACCAAAAAUCCCUAUCUCAAAAAAUUAGCAUAUUUCAUCCGACCAAUACAAAAAAGUGUUUUUUAAUACAAAAAAAGUCAACCUUCAGUUAAUUAUAUCAGCUGUGCACUCAAUACUUGGUCACGAAUCCUUUUGAUGGAAAGACUGCUUCAAUGCGGCGUGGCAUAGAGGCAAUCAGCUUGUGGCACUGCUGAGGUGUUAUGGAGGCCCAGGAUGCUUCGAUAGUGGCCUUGGCCACUCCAGAGGCCCUAAACUAGCAAAUAACUGACCAACUGCACGGAAUUUGUUGAAAUCAACUCCACCGACUAAUUAAAGCCCCGCCUAAUGUCAAAAAUUCUGAAUUUCCACUUUAAAACAGUUACCUCAAAACAAUCCACAGUUAAACCCAAAAGAUUUUCCCCCCUAACUCGCCGUCGGGCCUUUCCACCUUAUUUGUUGCGUGGUUGUCACGGUUACAGCUCAAGCUAAUUGUUAGCAAGCUAGCUUCUGGGAAAAAAGAAGGGAACUUUGCACUGUUUGAACACUUUAUUGAAAAUGUUAGCUUGCUUUUCUUGUACAGUCAAAACUAUUUAAUAAUGCCAAUGUGAUUUGUAGUGUAAAUAUGUCGUUCUCAUUGAGGGAGCGUUUGAAGGCGACACUUGUCGGGGACUGGUUACUCUGCCUUGGCCCUGCCCCCCCCCGCUUGUAAAUACCUUUAUUUUCUUGUGUGUAUGUACAACGCUAACCGACUAAUAUGGCUAACUAAAGUGCUCUUGUGACACGCAAUCAUGUGACUGGUAUUUAUUUUUGUGGGAAAUUUCCAAGUGAUAAUAAUACAAUACUUAAUUGGUAAACUGAGUGCUGGUGGACAUUUCCCAUUUGAUUAGCACUUUGAUGCCUGAACAGCAUUUACCCUUUGCAGAAAUUAACUCACAAAGGAAAAAAAAUGCUCGAAGACAAGUAAAAAUAAAGUUUUUUCAUUCUUUCUA